CAAAUGUAAACCACGCAGUAUUAAAGUUACCAGACUCUCAAAAUGGCAGCCGAUACUGUACAGUCGAACUUGCAGGAUGAACUCGAAAAAUUUAAGACUGUGCAAAAACAGUACCAGAAGAGUGUGGAAACAAGACAAAAGCUUGAUGCCCAGCUGAACGAAAAUAACAUUGUGAAGAGCGAGCUGGAUCUGUUGGAGUCAGAUGCUAAAGUCUAUAAGAUGAUGGGUCCGGCUCUGAUACAGCAGGAUGUUGUGGAAGCCAAGCAGACAGUGGGCAAGAGAAUUGAGUACAUCGAAGGAGAGAUGAAAAGGCAAGACGGACUGAUCAAAGACCUUGACAAGAAGCAGAAUGAUCACCGAGAGAAAUUGGCCAAGCUUCAACAGCAGUUCCAGAAAGCACAAAUGCAAAAGUCGUAGCAGGCAUUGUAGCCUCUUCAAGCAAAGAAUGAACACUAUUUAAACUUUGUUUCAUUCAAAGUUGUGUGAUUUUCCCCUUGCUUAGAAGACCCUUGUCAAGGCUCAGCCAUUUGGAUCUCUGAAAGAGACUGGUUCCCCAUAAUAGGCUGGCACCCAUGGUGUAACUAGUUUAACAUAACCAAUAUGGAUUGGGUACUUGGCCAAGAUGACUGCAGGUUGAUCUCUCCUUCUGACUGAACCUUUUCUAAUGUGGACUUUCUCUCCCGUUUUGCAUGCUGUUCAGUAUAAUUCAAGAUUGUUGUCUCCGGUAGCAUAGUGCCAUUAAUUUGAUAAUUUACCUCGCUGAUAUUAUGUUCUUCACUGAUCCCAUUUAUGGGUACUGGAGUAAGAUGUCAGUGGUGUUCCUAUGUAAUAAAAUCAUUGUACCUAGAAACUACAUAAGCUAGAGUGACAGAAAAUGAGCCCCAUCUAGUAGAUUUUUGCAGUGACCUGCUUUCCAUCAGCUGUAUUUAUUCAACCCAAGGAUUUAGUCUGAAGAAGUUUGUUUACACGAGUGUACUUUGAAACAGUUUCAUUGAAGACCUUGCUUUUUGUGUGUAAUAUUUGCCAGUGGUAAAAUUCAUGUUUCCAUUAAAAAAAAUGUGGUAGCUAAAUCAAGCAGCUUGGUUUGAUCCAA